AUGGAUUACCCGGAGCCCGACUCGCCGCAGGGCACCUGGGACCUGCCCGGUGAAGCUACCGGCUACUACGAGCGACCUACCCGCGGAGAGGAGGAAGCGGCGGCGAACCGCGGCUUGCAGCAUCCCUUUGCCCGCCCCUCUCGCCUACCCCAGCAGCGCUCCGCGCCGCUGCUCCGCGCCGCGCUUUCCACGUCCUCCUCCGAGGGGGAACCGGAGGCGGUCGCUCUGCCGCGGGAGCCUAGCUUGAGUGACGAGGCCGCCGGCGGCGGUAGCGGCGACUUCGACUCGGCCGAAUCCGGCGGCUCGCUGCGCUACUCUACGGGCACGGGCGGCGAGGGCAGCGAGGGCGAGGGAGCGGGGCUGGCGAGCAGCGAGAGCGGCGGCAGCAGCUUCUCGCUGGCGGAGAGGAGGCGACCGGGCGGCGGCCGGCCCCGCUAUGAAGUGGUGCGGGAGCUGGGAGCCGAGGAGGUGCGCUGGUUUUACCGAGAGGACCGGAAAACCUGGAAGCCCUUUAUCGGUUACGACUCGUUACGGAUCGAGCUGGCCUACCGCGCCUUCGGAGAGCAGCGGGAAGGCGAGGCGGCGGCGGUGGAGCCGGUGUGCGUGCGGAGCGGGCUCUACGAGGUGGACGUGGUCAACGCGGAAAGCUACCCCGUCUACUGGAACCAAACAGAAAAGAUCCCUGUAAUGCGUGGACAGUGGUUUAUUGAUGGUACAUGGCAACCUCUGGAAGAAGAGGAAAGCAACUUAAUAGAACAGGAGCAUCUCAACCGCUUCAAAGGCCAGCAGUUGCAGGAGAGCUUUGACAUGGAAGUAGCAAAACCUGUUGAUGGGAAGGAGGUUCUCUACUACCUCCCUCCCUUCUCCCUCCCUUCUUUGUUCAAAUGGAGAGGAUAUAAGGAGAAGUCAGAGGCUGCAUGUCUUAAGCGAAAGCAUUCCCAAGCUAUUCAUAGUCUAAAGUUGAGUCGCAACCAUGUGGACUGGCACAGUGUGGAUGAAGUGUAUCUUUACAGUGAUGCAACAACAUCUAAAAUUGCAAGAACUGUUACACAAAAGUUGGGGUUUUCCAAAGCUUCAAGUAGUGGGACAAGGCUACAUAGAGGCUAUGUAGAAGAAGCUACGUUAGAAGACAAGCCACCACAAACUAGUCACAUUGUGUUUGUUGUGCAUGGUAUUGGGCAGAAAAUGGACCAAGGAAGGAUCAUCAAAAAUACAGCUAUGAUGCGAGAUACUGCACGAAAAAUAGAAGAAAAAUAUUUUUCCAAUCUUGCAACACAUGUCGAAUUUCUCCCAGUUGAAUGGAGAUCAAAACUCACGCUUGAUGGAGACACUGUGGACUCCAUUACCCCAGAUAAAGUCCGAGGUUUAAGGGAUAUGCUGAACAGCAGCGCGAUGGAUAUCAUGUAUUAUACAAGUCCUCUUUACAGAGAUGAACUGGUGAAAGGGCUGCAGCAGGAGCUGAACCGGCUGUACACGCUCUUCUGCUCCCGGAAUCCUGAGUUUGAGGAGAAAGGAGGCAAAGUCUCCAUUGUGUCCCACUCCUUGGGCUGCGUCAUCACCUACGACAUCAUGACUGGCUGGAACCCAGUCAGGCUUUAUGAACAGUUGCUGCAGAAGGAAGAGGAGGAGCUUGAAGACCGUUGGAUGAGCUAUGAGGAGCAACAUUUGCUUGAAGAGCUUUACAUAACUAAACAACGGUUGAGAGAGAUAGAAGAGAGAUUAUAUGGGUUAAAGGCAUCCACCAUAUCAAAACCACCUGUCUUAAAAUUUAAGGUUGAGAAUUUCUUCUGCAUGGGAUCUCCACUGGCAGUGUUUUUGGCAUUGCGUGGCAUCCGUCCAGGAAACAGUGGCAGUCAAGACCAUAUUCUGCCCAGGACAAUUUGUAACCGCUUGCUAAAUAUUUUUCAUCCCACAGAUCCAGUGGCCUAUAGGUUAGAACCUUUAAUUCUGAAGCACUACAGCAACAUUUCGCCUGUCCAGAUCCACUGGUACAACACUGCAAACCCUCUCCCCUAUGAGCAUAUGAAGCCAAGUUUCCUCAACCCAACAAAAGAACCUACCUCAGUUACAGAGAGCGAGAGCGUUUCGGCAGUACCGAGCCCAACUACUUCUCCAGUCAUGGUUCGACGGCACUAUGGGGAGUCUAUAACAAAUAUAGGCAAAGCAAGUAUAUUAGGAGCUGCGAGUAUCGGGAAGGGCCUCGGUGGGAUGCUUUUCUCCAGGUUUGGAAGAUCUAGCACAACCACCCCACAGACACUGGAGACAGGAAAAGAUGGAGCUGAGGGAGAUGACAAAAAGGCCACAACUGUUGGGUCGCCGCCUUUACCACACAGCAGCUCGGGGUUUCUCGAACCCACAGUAGAACUGGAGCACAGGAUUGAUUUUGAGCUCAGGGAAGGUCUUGUGGAAAGCAGAUACUGGUCUGCCGUCACCUCGCACACUGCCUACUGGUCAUCCCUGGACAUCGCGCUGUUCCUCCUCACCUUCAUGUACAAGCAGGACCAAGAAGAUCCUGACAAAUCCAAUUUGGACUUGAGUUGA